AUGGCUCAAGCACCGCCCAUCUUCACCCCAGAUAGCGAGUUCGCCGAUCUGGAGACGCCACGCGGUCCCAAUAGCAGCAGCCUGUCUAUAUCUGCACUAGCACGAUUCGAGUUCGAGGCAGGCAAGGGUAAUGAGGGCACAAAGAUCUUGAUGAUCGAGUGGGAGGAUGACGACCUGACUAGAUCUGCGGCGGAGGGGUCGUGGCAUGUCUCAUGGACGGGCAAGACCACCGUCCUGCCCGCUGAUGAUCGGCCUAGUGAUAGCCUUCGCCGGUUCUACUUCUUGCUUCCUCCCCAGGUCACCAUCCCACCAGUCGUCACGCUCACCUAUGAACCUCGGCCCUCAGACAAGACUGAGAACGCGUCAAUUCCCCCUCCAAACCCUCGUGAUACCUUCCAAUUGAACCCCCUGCCGGCGAUCUUCCCCCCAGAACUGGGUGCGACGGGUCGCUCAGCCGGAAAGAAAGGAGUCCUACAUACAAUCUGGGCGAAGAAGCGCCUGCGCGUCUUGGAUCAAGAGAUCCGUGAUGAAUGUUUGAACAAUGCCGAGGGAGUUGCAUUGCACAUGGCAGUCAAAGAAAAGGAAUGGAUAGAGACAAAUUUCGGCGUCACGGCGCGCACCGUCGACGCCGUUGCCAGCAGCCACGACUCGUCAACCUCGAAUUCCAUCUAUCCCACUGGGCCAGCUACACCGGUGUCGCCCAUCAGCGGGAGGAAAUUGUCCGAUAAACUGAAAGGACUGAAACUGCAGACCAGCGAGAAAGAUUUAUCUGCAAAUGAUAGUGAGUCUUCUGCUGUCACUGGCUCCUCGAAUCCAGAACUGACAUCAGCAGACUCGGGCCCAAACUCAGCGCACCUUCUCUCUCCACAGUCGCCUGAUGUCGCCGUUUCUUCAUUCAGUUCAUUUAGCAAUAUCGCCAAUGUCCCGGCAAACUCCAUCCCAACUCCAGUGACUAAUCCUACCCCGACUCCAAACUCACGUACCAACCCUGCGGGUUCUGAGUUGCCCAAGGCUGUUGCUCUGCAUCCCCCCGAGUCCCUGCAGGAAGUUCAGCAAAAUAGUAGCCCUGGAGGAUUUGCCGCAAUUGGUUCCAUGACAAGCAUUGCCCGCACCUCAAGCACCGACUCUGGCGAGGAUCUCUUCGCCAAAGCGCUGAGCCCGCGGUCUCCCGAUCUACCUCGGAGCCCAUUCUCACUUGCUUGA